AUGUCUGAAGAAGUGACCUAUGCAACUCUCAAAUUUUCAAAUCCUAAGACAAAGGAACCCCAGGAAAGCUACAGUCUCGAGAGAACAGAUAGCCAUGAAACUCCUGACUUGGAGCUGGGCGGUGAAGCUGAAACUGGAGCAGGGAGCAUCAAGGGCAUAGCUGAGGUGACUGAGAGCAGAGCUAUGAGAGGACACAGCGCUCCAUCAAAGGUGUGGUACCCUAUUGCUUGUGUUUCACUGUUGUUGAACCUGGUGAUACUGGCUGGACUGGGAGCCCUGGGCUUGAUGUAUUACUACAAGCUAAUUUUUAACAGCAAGACAGUUUAUGAUGUACAACUGAACGUAACAGAACGUGUGGAAACAACCACAUUACCCACAGAUAUGCCUACAACUGUCUCAGACUUUCCUUAUUCAGACCUGGGACCUCACUUAUGUUCAGAGAUAUGGAUACAGUAUGGAAGUAACUGCUAUAACUUUUCUACCAAAAUAAUUUGUAAUAUGUGCAACAGCGACUGUGAGAAGAAUCACUCCUCCCUGAUGAAUAUGGAUGGUGUGAGAAAUAGGAAUAGAACCAAGAUGUUCAUUAGAUGUCAUCCAGUACAUAUCUUCCAGACGCUUCUGAAUUCUGUUUCCAACAACACAAAUCAGACAGCAAGGAAUGUUUCAGAUAUUUCCAUUUUGACUUGUUUGGUACCUCCAGAAGUAUUUCAAGUGCCAAAACAGUGAAGCAUGCAGUGUCCAGUGGAAAUUUAACAAUUGGAAAUCUAAUGACUCUAGUAGUUAUUGUACCUGUGAAAACAAAGUAGAUGUACCAAAUUCUCAACCUUAUGUAAAUGCAAGCACUUAUAAUAGUUUAGGAUAUAGAAAUGACCGUGUAAGCUGAAACUAUGCAAAAACAAUCUUAGAAACAAGUGGGGUAAAUUUGAUUGGUUUGUGACCUUUAAAACCUUUUGUAAAAACAUUAAAACUCAGCUUCAGUUGAUUAUAAUUAUACAGGAAAAGUUUUUUUUUUUCAAUAAAAUUGAUAUUAUCUUGUCCAAAUUUAAUUUGAAAUAUUAGAAACAUUGAGAAUUAAAGUGGUUUAUUUUGUUUAUCAAGAGUAGUAUAAACAGGGCUACAACUUCUUUCAAUAUACCUUGUUAUGCAGAUGGAACAUCUUUUCUAUACUGAAGAAAUUGUUACACUCCUUUCUAAGUUGGGAUAAGCUUUUAUUGUUAUAUCCUUUCUGUGCUCAAAGACAUGAAAUAUUUCCAACAGUUCCUUUAAUUGUGAAGUUU